UCUGCUUUUCCGUUCCCCACUAUACUGCUCUCUUCCACCCACCCGCCCGCCGAAGGAUAAAAGAAGAACACAAAAACAUGCAAAAAUUGCUUGGAUUUACGGCUUCACAAUUCUUAUUCAAAUCCUCUACGCUUCCUCUCUCUCAAACCCUUCCCUCACUCACUCUCUUCCACAUCCAUUCUAAUUCCCUUUCACGGCGAACCUUGGCAGCCAUGGCCGGCACUGAUGAUCAGUUUGUCAAAGGCAGCGUUCAUCCUAAUGGCGUCGCUGUUAUUACUCUCGAUCGCCCCAAAGCUCUCAAUGCCAUGAACUUAGAUAUGGAUAUACAAUAUAAAAAGUAUCUUGACGAAUGGGAGGAAGAUCCAAGGGUCAAAUGUGUCCUUGUCGAGGGCAGCUCACCUCGUGCUUUCUGUGCAGGAAUGGAUAUUAAAGGGGUUGUUGCUGAAAUUCAAAAGGACAAAAGUGGUGAUGUGAAGCAGAUCAUGACCAAAAACCGUUUACCAGAUGUGAUUGAGGUAUUUACAGCAGAGUAUUCUUUAAUAUGCAAAAUUUCUAAUUACAAGAAGCCUUACUUGUCCUUCAUGGAUGGAAUAACCAUGGGAUUUGGGAUUGGCUUAUCAGGUCACGGUCGUUACAGGAUCAUAACUGAGAGGACUCUCCUUGCCAUGCCAGAAAAUGGAAUUGGUUUGUUCCCAGAUGUUGGGUUUUCAUACAUAGCAGCACAAGGUCCAGGAGAAGGAUCGGUUGGUGCAUACCUUGGACUGACUGGUAAAAGAAUUUCGUCGCCAUCUGAUGCACUAUAUGUCGGUCUGGGAACACAUUAUGUUCCAUCUGGGAACUUAGGCUCACUGAAAGAAGGGCUCUUGACUGCUACCUUCUCCGAGGAUCCGCAUCAGGAUAUAAAUACGCUCCUGACAAAAUACAGUAGUGACCCUGAGUCUCCACCAUCAUUGAAGUUACUCUUACCUCAAAUAACUUCAUCCUUCGGGACCAACAAGUCUGUUAAGGAGACAGUUGAAGAACUAAAAAAACACCAACUUGAUUCAUGUUCUUCAGUGGUGGAGUGGGCUAAAGAGUCUCUUCAAGGAAUAGGAAAGGGUGCUCCCUUUUCACUUGCAUUGACACGGAAGUAUUUCUCCAAAGUUGCAGCUGCACGUGGCAAGAGUAACGACGAAUUAUCCACUCUGAAUGGUGUUAUGAGAACUGAAUAUCGUAUUGCCUUGAGAUCUUCCCUGCGCAAUGAUUUUGCUGAAGGAGUUCGAGCAGUUUUGGUGGACAAGGAUCAGAAUCCAAAAUGGAACCCUUCAACCUUGGAGGAUGUUGAUGACAAAGAAGUUGAUUCACUCUUUGAACCUCUAAGUCCAGUGGCUGAAUUGGAAGUAUAAACCUUUGGAUAAUCCAUGUGCUUAGUUUAUUACUAUCCAUGAAAAUAAUUCAUAAUUAUUUGAACUUCCUUUGAGUACAAAAUAUUAUGGGCCCUUUUUACCUUCUUUUAUUGAAUAAAUUUUAGUUGGAAUUA